AUGAGCUUCCAAUGCAGUUCUCAUUGCUACCUUCAAGGGCAGAUACUGAUCCCCACAGUUACGAACCCUGACCUGACCGAAGUACCAGAGGACGGCGAUGAGAACGGAGGGGAGAGAGGAACAAGGGGCUUAUUCAGAAGUUAUCUUUGCCUCUUAGUCUUCUAUAUGUUUCAAGGAUCAAAUGCCUCCCUGGUUCAACUGACUAACGAUGGCUAUGGAGACAUUAUCGUUGCUAUAAACCCUCUUGUGUUAGAAGAUGAGAAACUAAUUCAACAAAUAAAGAAUGAAAAUUGGACCGACACCCCUCAAUACAAGAGGCCAAGACAUGAGAGCUACCAGCAUGCUGAUAUUUUAGUCGCCCCACCUACCCGCCCAGGUAGAGAUGACCCAUACACGAGGCACUUCAUGGACUGUGGAGAGAAGAGAGAGUUCAUUCACCUCACCCCUGACUUUGUACUGGGGAAAAAAGCAGCCGAGUCUGGACCAUCAGGUAGAAUGCUUGUCCACGAGUGGGCCCACCUCCGGUGGGGCGUGUUUGAUGAGUACAAUGAGGAUGAGCCUUUCUAUGCUGCUGCCUCGUCAAAAAAAGUGGAAGCAACAAGGUGUUCCUCAGGUAUCACUGACCAGAAUGGAAUUCAGCACUGUGUAAGAGGCAGCUGUGUAACAAAACGAUGCAGAGUUGAUCCUCAGACAAAACUGUACGAAAAAGGUUGUCAAUAUUUCCCUAAUAAGGUGCAAACUGAAAAGGCAUCUAUAAUGUUUAUGCAAAAUAUUGAUUCUAUUAGUGAAUUCUGUAAUGCAAAAAACCAUAAUCAAGAAGCUCCAAAUCUUCAAAACAAAAAAUGCGAUUUCAGAAGUACAUGGGAGGUGAUUAGCAAUUCUGAGGAUUUUUAAAAGACCACACCUAUGAUAGUGUCACCCCCUGCAACUGCCCUCUAUCUGCUGAAGAUCAGUCAAAGAAUUGUGUGCUUAGUUCUUGAUACGUCUGAAAACAUGGCGAUUCAUAACCGCCUACUUAGAAUGAAUCCAGCAGCCAAAUAUUUCCUGCUGCAGACUAUUGAAAAUGGAUCCUGGGUUGGCAUGGUUGCCUUUGACAGCAUGGCCUACAUCAAAAGUAAGCUAAUCCAAAUCAUAAGCAGCAAUGAAAGACGCAAGCUCGUAGAGAGCUUACCGACAGAAGCCUCAAGAGGAAUUUCCAUCUGCUCUGGAAUCAAAUCAGCAUUUCAGGUGCUUAGAGAGAGAUUUUCCCAGAUAGAUGGAUCUGAAAUAGUGCUGCUGGUAGCAGGAAAAGACAGCACUGUGAGGAAUUGUAUGGAUGAAGUGAUACAAAGUGGGGUGAUCGUUCAUUUGAUUGCCAUUGGACCAGAUGCUGAAGGAGCAGUCAUUGAGAUGUGCGCCAAAACAGGAGGAAGUUAUCAAUUUGCUUCAGACAAUGCCCAGAGCAAUGGCCUCGUCAAUGCUUUUGGCGCCCUUGCAUCAGGAAACACGGAUCUCUCCCAGCAGGCUUUUCAGCGUGAAAGUAAGGGAUUAACCCUCACCAGUGCCUGGAUGAAUGGAACUGUAGUCAUUGAAAAGGAGACAUUCUUUCUCGUCACGUGGAGCCAACAUGUUCCCAGAAUUGCUCUCUGGGAUCCCAAUGGAACAUUGGUGGGAAAAUUCACAGUGGACAUAAAUUCCAAAAUGGCUCAUCUCACUAUUCCAGGAAUGGCAAAGGUGGGCAUUUGGACUUACAGUCUUCAAGCCGAAACAACUCCAGAAGUAUUAACUAUGAGAGUAACUUCUCACGUGUCAAAUUCUGCACCUCCAAUCACAGUGAGAGCUAAAAUGAAUAAAGAGAAAAGCCGCUUCCCUGGUCCAAUAAUUGCUUACGCGGAAAUUCAACAUGGGUUCCUACCGCUUCUUGGAGCUAAUGUAACUGCCUUCAUUGAAUCAAUACAUGGGCAAGUGGAAGUUUUGGAACUUCUGGAUAAUGGUGCAGGUGCUGAUUCUUUCAAAAACGAUGGAGUAUACUUCAGUUAUUUUACAGCUUAUAAAGAAAAUGGCAGAUACAGCUUAAAAAUAAGGGCUCAUGGAGAAGCAAGCCUUGUCACCCGAAGCUCAAGGCAUCCCCUGAACAGAGCUCUUUAUAUGCCAGCCUGGGUGGUAGAUGGAAAAAAUGAAGGGAGGCCACCGCAACCUGAAGUUAAUGAAGAGACUCAGACAGUCUUGGAGAGUUUCAGCAGAACAGUAUCUGGAGGUGUAUUUGUGGUUUCAAAUGUUCCAAAACUUUCCUCGCUUGACAUGUACCCACCAAGUCAGAUCACUGACCUUGCUGCUGAAGCGGAUGGGGACCAGAUCACCCUAACAUGGACAGCUCCGGGGGACGAUUUUGAUGCUGGGAAAGUUGAACGGUAUGUCAUAAGAAUAAGUGGAAGCAUCCUGGAUCUAAGGGACAACUUUGAUGAUGCUCUUCAAGUAAACACCACUGAUCUACUACCAAGUGAAGCCAACUCCAAGGAAAGCUUUGCUUUUAAGCCGGGCAACGUCGCAGAAGAAAAUCCAACACACAUAUUCAUUGCCAUUCAGAAUGUGGACAAAAGCAAUUUGACAUCAAAAGUCUCUAAUGUGGCUCAAACCUUUGUUCCUCAAGCAGAUCCAGGUCCCGAUGAAAGCCAUCAUAAUACUAAACUUAGCGUUUCUACCUUAGUGUUAUCAGUGGUAGGAUCUGUUGCAGUUGCUACUAUUAUUCUAAGUACCACUAUUUAUAUUUUAAAGAAGAAAAAAUAUGCAAGUGAGUCUGAGACUGAGUUUUAA